AUGAGUACGGUCCUCGAGCAGGGCGGCUUGGCUCCGGGUGGACUCAACUUCGACUGUAAGGUGCGGCGGGAGUCGAGCGAGCUGGCGGACAUGUUUGUAGCGCACGUGUGCGGCAUGGACGCCUACGCGCGAGGUCUUCUCGCCGCUGCUCGCAUCACAGAGGACGGCCUCCUCGAUGCACUACGCCAGGAGAGAUACGCGAGUUACAAGACUGGCAUUGGCGCUAGGAUCAGCGAUGGUGCUGCCACACUGGAGGAGUGUGAGAACUACAUUAUCAAGCAGGGGGAGCCACAGCAGCGGUCGGGCAGACAGGAGCAUUACGAGGCCAUAUUGAACCGAUACGUAUGAUGCGAGACAGUGAGAGAGCCCAGCACGUGCCCAUAGCAUCGCACUGAGGAGGCCGGUGGGGACGGGACCGCUUGUGAGUGAGGGAAAUGGGGGAGGGGGUAGAUCGUCUUGCUGAGAGCGGAAAGGGGCGUUUGGAUUGAGACAGGGAAGCGGGUGAUGUUGAUAAAGGGAGCAUGAUAGAGGGUUUUAUCGAUUGGGGUAAGAAAGAGGUAGAGUGCCUGUGUGGACAGGAAAAGUUGUGUGAGUGGAGGUGUUAGAGGGAAGCGUAUUGAUGACCACGGGGUCGCUUGCUCCCCCUUGCGGGUGUGAAGCCGGCAUGUAACGACUGCAGAUGCCUACGCAAUCACCACCAGCGACUAUUUCCAUCCCAUCAUAAACUAAUAAUACCUGGAGUGUACAGCGGGAAAACUGGGAAAAACUGCUAUUUUACGUAAUAAUUAUUCCACUUUAACUGCAAGUCUAGAAUAAGUUCAUGGUAUUACAUCAAGAAGCAUUAAUUCUUUCUUCUCUAGGUAUUAUGAGCUCUUGAUCCUAUUGUACAAAAUCCUCAUCACGUUUGACAGAUAAAUAUGGCAUGUUUUUUGUUUCGUAAUUAGA